AUGGAUGAUAUGGUGCCAAAAUCAACAAUUUUGCAUUUCCAAUCAUAUGAUAAAUGUCAUUCGUCAUUGAAAAUAGCAACUGAAGUUUAUAAUUGCCUCCAAGACUUAGGUAUUGAACAAAAAAUUACUUCCGUUACAUGCGAUGGAGCCAAUAAUAUGAAAAAUGCAUUUGAUAUACUUGAUGGUGUUGAUAGAUUUUGGUGUGUUGCACACCGAUUGCAUCUAACAAUCUGUAAUGGCCUUGCAUUGUGGAAAAAAUUCAAAAAAGAUGAAAAUGAAACAAAUAAGAAUGGUUCAGAUUUUGAAGACUCCACCAAUACAAAAACACAAAUGGAAGAAAAUGGUUUGGAAAACAUACAAGAUCAAGAUGAAAAUGAACCGAUUAAAGGUAAUAUUUCGUUGGCAGCUAUUGACUGA